AUGGCAAGACUCACUGACGAUACCGACUACCACUCCAGAGAAACGUCUGGAAAUCUACCACGUCAACGGUCCGACUUUGGAAAUGAUCAUGCAUACAAUGGACUCCGGAGUAGGUGCGUUCCUCUAAGUCUUCCCACCAAUAUGACCAAGUUGCGAAAACAAGGUCAAAUAACUUCUACAUAA